GCUCACUGCUGGCAGAGCGCACGGCUCUGGCUCCAAUUAGCAGUUUCUACAUGUAACAGUAAGAUGCCCCUUAGCUACGAAAUUUUCUUAGCGUCCUGUAGAUCGCUUAUAGCUGCGAAUCCCAAUAGGUCAUUGUGGGGUCAGCGCUCGUGCGUUAGGGAAGCGGACUUCAGCUAGCUGCUGCUAUGGAUGCAGAGCCUUUUGUUCCCACCCCAGAAAAGAUGGGGGCGGGCGGUGCUGCUUCAGAUGGUCUCACAGCGUCCAAGAGGAACCUCUUCACCGUUAGUGCCUUGAAGGAUGCGGGGGUGCAAAAAGUAUUGAGGCAGCAGCAAGAGAACCGCUGCUCCGAAGUGGAAAAUGCAGGGGCGUUGGCCGCCAAUUUUGAGCAGAAGGGUUUGGGAAGGAAGCAAAAGUUGAUUGACCCCCCGGUGCAGAAGGAUUUAAGGGGGCGCAGAUGCAGCGAUGGUUCUGUGGAGUUGCAGUUGAUGGGCCACAGCGAACUUCCAUUUGCCAGUCCAGGGUGUGGUAGCGCAGAAAACAGGGAAGAUGCCGGGAGUCUGCCAGCUGGCAAGGGGCCGUCAAAGCAACAGCAUGACAGGGACAAUGCAAUAGAUGGCACCACCCCUACAGCUCCUGCUGGGAGAGUCUCCGAGAGUAUUGUCCUGCACACUCCUCUGAAAGCAAAGCGGCCAGACACUGAUAACGUGUUGUUCACUCCGCCUCCAGCGCCUGGGUUCAGACGGCCAAGUAUUACCUCAAGUCCCGUCACUCCGCUUCCUGACGCCGUCCAUGAUGCACCUGGUCGCCAGAUCCCAAAGAAGCCAUCAGCUAGAUUGAAGCAGCUUAGCAUGCAGCUGAAGGAAGCGGGUCAGGAUACCCAAGAUACUUCGGAUGGAGCGACUUCGUCGAGUGUGGAGGCGACACCGGAAGCUUCGGCAGCGUCAUCCGCUUGUGACACGCCUGCACCUCACCCAUAUGUCCUGCUAGCGAGCGGGCUCCCUGCGGAGGACCUGAUGGCUGACCCAAAGUAUCGGGGCAUGGCCGCUCUGGGUUGCCAGCACCAGUACACGGAUGCGGACCGCGCAUCGUUCUUACGAAGGCGAGGGUUUGUUGCAAGAGAUCUAAACUCAGCUUUUGCAGCAUAAUCUAACAGCCAGCAAUCAGAAUGUCACAAAGAUGUCAGCUGCACGGGUGUCUCCUACUCGAUUGUACAGUGUGUUUGCAAAGUGGUCUUCUUGGGCAUUGCUGUCAAGGAAUUGAACGUAUGCCAGUUCGGAUGGCCGGGAGCUCCAUGCCCAACUUCUGAGAUUGUGACGCAAAGUCGCGUCAUGGGCGUGACU